AUGUCGAACAAUCCCCAGACCCAGACGGAGAUCGCUCUUGAGAAGUCGGCCGCCAAUCAUGUCGAGGAUACACUAGGUCACGGUGCCAUCGUUGAGGCAAAGCAUGCCACCGACGAGGAACAUUCGCAGACGCUUUGGCAGGCUCUGCGGGAGAAUCGCAAGGCUGUACUCUGGUCGGUCGCGAUCUCCAUGUCCAUUGUGAUGGAGGGCUACGAUACUAUUUUGAUGGGUAACUUCUUCGCCUAUCCAAGGUUUCAAGAGAAGUAUGGUCAAUAUUAUGGCGAGGAGAUCGGCUGGCAGGUCUCGGCACCCUGGCAAACAGGUUUGAACAUGGCUAGUACUGUUGGUUGUGUAUUCGGUGGUAUCUUAAACGGAUGGGCGGCAUCAAAGUAUGGUUACCGAAUUGUUAUGGUCAUCGCUCUCUUUUUCUUGACUGCAUUCAUCUUCAUCACUGUCUUUGCCAACUCGGCCGCCGUUCUUCUUGUCGGCCAGAUUCUCUGUGGUUUUUCUUGGGGCGUGUUUGCGACAAUCGGACCUGCGUAUGCUUCCGAGGUGUGCCCAACCAACUUGCGUGGUUACCUCACCAUCUAUGUCAACAUGUGCUGGGCCAUUGGCCAGCUUAUUGCCAGCGGUGUACUUUAUGGACUCGUCGACCGUCCAGAUCAAUGGUCCUAUCGGAUUCCCUUUGCCCUGCAGUGGAUCUGGCCAGUGCCUCUAAUGGCAGUGUGCUGGUUGGCACCGGAGUCCCCCUGGUAUUUGGUUCGCCAUGAUCGAUUGGAAGACGCAAAACGAAGCAUUCGUCGCCUUGGCGGAGAUAAGACUGAGGAUCAGAUCAAUGGACAGUUGGCAAUGAUGGUCCACACUAUCAAAAUCGAAGCAGAGAUCGAGGCCGGUACCACGUAUCUGGACUGCUUCAAGGGGGUUGACCGUCGCCGCACAGAAAUUUGCUGCCUUACCUUUAUGGGUCAAAUUCUGUCUGGUAGUACCUUCGCCUACUCGCCGACCUAUUUCUUUACGCAAGCUGGCAUGGAUACCAGCAAGGCUUUUGAACUGGGAGUUGGAUGUACUGGAGUGGCCUUUGUCGGCACUGCAUUGUCAUGGUGGUUGAUCACCUACUUCGGACGACGCACGCUGUAUGUCUGGGGUCAAGCAAUCCUCUGCAUGUUGCUCUUCCUCAUUGGCAUUCUGAACGCCGCCACAACAUCCCAAUCCGCCAUGUGGGCCCAGGCCUCGUUCUGCUUCCUUUGGCUUUUCACAUACUCUCUCACCGUUGGCCCAAUUGCCUACUCUAUUAUUUCGGAAACCUCCUCGGUCCGACUCCGCCCUCUCACCGUUUGCCUGGCGCGUACGGCCUACCAAAUCACAAACGUCGUUUCCCAGGUCCUCGAACCAUAUUUCAUGAACCCGACUGCGUGGAAUGCCUCCGGUAAGACAGGUUUCUUCUGGGGCGGCACCGCUCUCGUCGCUUUCACAUGGUCAUACUUCCGUCUACCGGAGCCCAAGGGGCGUACCUAUGCCGAGCUUGAUAUUCUGUUUGCUACCAAAGUCCCCGCGAGGAAGUUUGCUUCUACUCAUGUUGAUGCUUAUGCGAUUGGCGUUUCGCCUUCGCAGGAGGGUCUUGUGAAUAAGGAGCAGAGGUCUGUGGUUACCGAGUAA